UCGCGCAGCUGUUCAACGAGCCAAUCGGGUCACGCUGCGCUGCGCUCGCGAGCCAAUCAGCGGUAAGAUCGCUGUUCCUGUGAGUCGGGUUUGUUUGGGUUUAAAGAGUCGCCUAGUGAUCGCCGAGGAGCAAGGAAUAAACGCAGGUGUGGAGAUGACGAGCGCUGCCUGAGCGUGAUGGAGGUCCGCUUCGGGAGCGUCGUGUUCAGCUCGCGCUUCGACUCGGGGAACCUGGCUCGCGUGGAGCACGUGGACCGCCCCGAGUCCAGCUCCUCGGCUCCGCCGCCGGCCGACUACGAGUUCAACGUCUGGACCAGACCCGACUGCGCCAGCACCGAGUUUGAGAACGGCAACCGCUCGUGGUUUUACUUCAGCGUUCGAGGGAUGUUGCCGGGCAAGCUGCUGAAGAUCAACAUGAUGAACAUGAACAAGCAGAGCAAGCUGUACUCGCAGGGCAUGGCUCCGUUCGUCCGCUCGCUGCCCGUCAAGACUCGCUGGGAGAGAGUGCGGGACAGACCCGUCUUCGAGAUGUCAGACAGUCAGUUUGUUCUGUCGUUCGUUCACCGUCUGCUGGACGUCCGUGGAGUGGUCACCUUCUUCUCGUUCUGUUAUCCGUUCUCGUACACUGAGUGUCAGGACAUGCUGCUUCAGCUGGACCACAGGCUCCUGAGCGCCGGACACAGCAGUGCGCUGGAGAGCAUCUACUAUCACCGUGAGCUGCUGUGUUCUUCUCUGGACGGUCAGCGGGUGGAUCUGAUCACGGUCUCGUCGUGUCACGGUCUGCUGGAGGAGAGAGAACCGAGGCUGGAGCGUCUCUUCCCGGACCUCGGCACGCCUCGAGCGCACCGCUUCAGCGGCAAACGGGUGUUUUUUCUGAGCAGUCGUGUUCAUCCCGGAGAGACACCUUCCAGUUUUGUUUUUAACGGUUUCCUGAACUUCAUCUUGAGUCCGGACGACCCUCGUGCUCAGACGCUGCGCAGGAUGUUUGUCUUCAAGCUCAUCCCCAUGUUGAACCCCGACGGGGUCGUCAGGGGUCACUACAGGACGGACUCUCGUGGUGUGAAUCUGAACAGACAGUACGUGAACCCGAGUCCAGAUCUUCACCCGUCUAUAUACGGCGCCAAAUCUCUGCUGCUCUAUCACCACACACACAAUCGUCUCGGCAACAGCACUCCCUCCGCUCUCAAAACCUCCAACCAAUCAAACACCACCCCUCCUGUGACCACGCCCACCGAACUGGAGCGCUGUCUCAACCUACGCAACGAGGCAGAGCGAGGGGAGGGGCCGACCCUUGACCUCUCCGAGAUCCCCAUGCAGCUGGAGGAGAGCUGGGAGAAGGGCGGAGUCGAAAGGGAGGCGGGGCCCUGUGAUGAGAACGAAUCCACACCCAGCAGAGGCGAUGCCCCGACGCUGACAAACCCCGCCCCCUCUGAGCAGAUCCCGCCCCAGGAGAGUGGUGUGGCCUAUUAUAUAGACCUUCAUGGACAUGCCUCUAAGAGAGGAUGCUUCAUGUACGGAAACAACCUGGCCGACGAGAGUCAGCAGGUAGAGAACAUGUUGUAUCCGAAGCUGAUCUCGUUAAACUGUGCUCACUUUGAUUUUCUGGGCUGUAACUUCUCCGAGAAGAACAUGUACGCUCGGGACAAGCGUGACGGUCAGUCGAAGGAGGGCAGCGGCCGAGUGGCUAUUCACAAAGCCAUCGGUCUGGUGCACAGCUACACGCUGGAGUGUAACUACAACACGGGCCGCUCGGUGAACAGCAUCCCGCCCGCCUGUCACGACAACGGCCGAGCCACGCCCCCGCCGCCGCCCGCCUUCCCGCCCAAAUACACGCCGCAGGUGUACGAGCAGGUGGGCCGGGCCGUGGCCGUCGCAGCGCUGGACAUGCAGGAGAGGAACCCCUGGCCCCGACUGGUCCUGUCCGAACACAGCAGCCUGCUGAACCUGCGCGCCUCCAUCCUCAAACACGUCAGGAACAGCAGCCGCAGGAACCCGGCCAAAACCAGCAGUCCGCCCAAACCCACGAGUCUGAGCACGUCUGUGUCAGAGAACGCUCUGAACCGGACUCGCUCGAGCACCAAUGGCCCCGGGGCCCGGCAGACGUCCCCUCAGCUCAAGAGCUCUCCCAGCUUCACCUUCGGCUGCAGCGCUCCGGGUCCCGGCACACAGCGGCCCUCGCACCGGAGCCUGGGGCCCGUCAGAGAGAGUAAAGUUCAGGAGAAGAGGCGUCCUCAUCAGCAGCAGCGGGUCUCCCUGGCUCCGGCUCCGGCCCCGGGCCCCGCGCGGGCCCCACUCUCGCCCUCCUCCUCGUCUUCGUCCUCCUCCUCCUCCUCGGGGGCCCCGGGGCCCUGCUCCAUCAGUAUGGCAGGCAACAGCUGCCCUGAGCUCCGCCCAGCUGGUCAGAUUCAAACGUGUGGCGGGCGGGGCAGGUCCAGCAGAGGCCCCGCCCCCUCCCACGCCCAGCCGAGGACGGCGCUGCUGUCACAGGAGCCGCUGAGGGACUCUCUGGACGCGUCCGUGGUGUACAGCAGGUGUGAGCUGCAGCCUCGGCCGAGCCGGAUCCCGGUGCGCAGAGAUCCUCAGCUUCAGCCCCGAGCGGAGACCAACCCCCUGAGAGCCUGGAAGCUCAUCAGACCCGGCAUCAAGAAGCACCUGGCGGGUGUUUCUGGGAGAGACGGCGGUCCUCUGCGUCUGCUGAAGAGCUCGUCCUGUAGCUCUCAGAGCUCUGGAGACGCGUGCAGACGGACAGAUGAACACACACACAGAUCUCUGCAGACCUGAGGAACUCUCCUCUGACAGAUGACUACAAACCUGCUUGAGAUGUGAGAUCGGGAGGAGAGCGCUUCUUCAUCAGAUCUGGAGAAGUGUGUCUCAGCAAUGGAUGUGAAUGGGUGCCGUCAGAACGAGUCUGAUUAAAAACGUCACAAGAUCAAACUAAUCCAGCAUUGAGAUGUUUUUAGAGACUGGUGACGAAGAAUCUCUCGUCUCUCACGUCAAAAUCCAGAGCUGUUUUGGACCGUUAUAAUAAUGUCUGCUUGAUCUGGGCAGGUUUCUCUCCCGAUUCAGAUCUGAACACUUAGACGAAGAGUUAUGGAGGUUAAAGCUGGAUUCGUUUGAUCUUCUGUCUUCUCCGGAUGUUCACUGAUGGACCGGAGCGCUGCGGAUUAUUCUGAUGUUUUUAUCAGACUCUCAUUCUGACGGCACCCAUUCACUUCCAUUACUGAGACACACUUCUCCCUGAUCAUCUGGAUGUUUUUCUGGUCUGCUGGAGUGAGGUGUGUUUCUGUCGUUCAUUAAGCACAAGACCAGGAGUUGAAUGUCUGUAGACAGACGUGAGCAGAACAUCACCUCCACAAACGAGCAUUGUGUUUUUAGACUAACCCUUUCACCCGUGUGGCCGGAGUCCUGUUUAUUUGAUGUAGGUGUGUUGUGAACAGGACAGACGAGUCUGAAUUAAACCGUUUCUCUGUGAAUCCUGUGCAGUUAGGAAGCAAUAAAACAUCCACGUAUUUCUGAAA